AUGUUGUUGGAAAAUAGGCUGGAUUCUCCUUUUCCUUAUGUUGCCUGCCCAGAUACUGAAGGGCUGUCCUCAUCAACCAUGGUCAGUGGCAUGGAACAGCAAGUUCUUGAGUCUCUCCCCACUCAGAUCCAUCCUCCACACUUUGGCCCAGUAUGCUCUCUAAAAUAUACAUCCCUGCCUAAAAAAAUGGGCUUCCCUGGUGGCUCAGGGGUAAAGAAUCUGCCUGCCAAAGCCAGAGAUGCGGGUUUACUCCCUGGAUUGGGAAGAUCCCCUGGAGAAGGAAUUGGCAAGUACUCUUGCCUGUGA